AUCGGUUUCAUUACGUUUAUUUUUGUGUUGAUUUGAUUUGAUACGUCCUCGUAAUCGCGAUGGAAAAAAGGAAAAUGCAGUAAUAAUAGUAAUUGUUCAAGCGUUUAUGUUAUGAAAUUGAUUAGAAAUAUCUCGAGAUUAAUGUUUAUUAAUAGUAUCCGUUUUUGUCUUUCGCGAUCAGUUGUCAAAAUGACGAACUUUUAUUGAAAAUGUCAUCGCGAAUACUGAUGUGUAUGUGAUCCUCUUGUGACUGAGCAUAACUAAUUCGUUACAGUUCGUCAACAAAUAAUUGUAGAAACCAGAGAAAGUGGCUACAACACAAAAACACUACGUUGCCAAUUUUUUUUACAUAUUUUUCGUUUCAAUUUGUAGUAUUUUCAAUUAGUAAUGUCGUUUUUACGUGGCUCAGCGAAUUAUGUUUGGUGUACGACUAGUGUUUUGGGUAAAGGAGCCACCGGAGCGGUUUUCCAAGGUGUUAAUAAAAACAAUGGCGAACCCGUGGCCGUGAAAACAUUCAAUCAAUUAAGUCAUAUGAGACCUCACGAUGUGCAAAUGAGAGAAUUCGAAGUACUCAAGAAAGUCAAGCAUGAGAAUAUCGUUAAAUUAUUAGCUAUCGAAGAAGAACAAGAAGGCAGAGGUAAAGUGAUCGUUAUGGAGCUUUGCACUGGUGGUAGCUUAUUCAAUAUCUUGGACGAUCCAGAAAACACAUACGGUCUACAAGAAGAAGAAUUUCUGCUAGUGUUAGAACACUUGAGCGCUGGCAUGAAACACUUGAGGGAUAACAAUUUAGUACACAGAGAUUUGAAGCCAGGUAAUAUCAUGAAAUUCAUUUGCGACGAUGGGCGUACCAUUUACAAGCUGACGGAUUUCGGAGCUGCGCGAGAGUUAGAAGAAGAUCAACAAUUCAUGUCGCUAUACGGUACCGAAGAAUACUUACAUCCAGAUAUGUACGAAAGAGCCGUUUUGAGAAAACCUGUGGGAAAAACGUUCGGUGCAACGGUUGAUUUGUGGUCUAUAGGAGUUACCUUGUACCACGUUGCAACUGGCAAUCUACCAUUUCGACCUUACGGCGGUAGAAAGAAUAAAGAAACUAUGUACUACAUUACAACCAAGAAGGCAUCCGGUGUGAUAUCUGGCAGUCAGUCUUCUGAAAAUGGUCCGAUCGAAUGGUGUCGCGAGUUACCAAAAACGUGCCAGCUUAGCGCCGGUCUGAAGAAACUCAUCACUCCUAUUCUAGCUGGAAUUUUAGAAGUCGAUUCUCAGCAGAUAUGGUCUUUCGAUAAAUUCUUCACCGAAGUAACUAGUACUUUAUUGCGUAAGGUCGUCCACGUAUUCUAUAUAAACAAAGUUCAAAGUAUCAGAAUAUAUAUUCAUCCUAGCGAGAAAUACGACUUAUUACAGAAAUUAAUCAACGAACAAACGGACGUGCCAAGUGAUAGUCAAAUAUUACUAUUAAAAGAAUCUCAUCUAAUCGAUGAGCUCAACAGUGCCAUGUGUUCUACAAAUUAUCCCAUUACCGAUAUCAAUAACCCGGUGUUUUUAUUCAGUAAAGAGAAUAACAACGUUACUCUGCAAAGCGAAGGCGAUAUACCUAAAUUUCCUUCGUUUCCGAAUUUAGUAUCGGUUGAAAAUGACGCGAGUUUGGCGAAAACCGCUUGCAGUGUGGGCCACGUUUGUAGGAGAAGAAUCGAGAAAUUAUCACGGAGUAGUAAAUUGACCCAUGAUAGCGUUUACAUAUUGACUAAAGUGAUCACUAAAGAGCUUAGUAGAUUGACGACUCGAUGUACUCAUACCAAAGACUUGAUCAAAUACGUUGAUAAAUUGGUUGACUGUGUUCUAAGAGGUCAAAAGAGUGUUCACAGUCUCAUCGGUGUUAAAAAUACAAUAUCCAGUAACGAUUCUAAGGGUGAUUUGGAUAUUUUGCAAAAAGAUUUCACGAAAGAUGUAUCUCUGGCUGUGCAACAUUUAUAUCAUCGCUAUGUAACGGAAAAAACACUCUUACGAGACGAAUGGGAGAUUGGAACAAAAUCGGUGACAUGUCCUCAUCAAGCUCGAGCUCCAGCUAGAGCCCAGACUUUGGUGGAACGGUUACGUGAAUCGUGGCAGCAUUUGUUAAGAGAUCGAGCAACACGUAGCUUAACUUACAACGAUGAGCAGUUCCAUGUAUUGGAAAGAAUCAAGAUCAAAGAAACCGGUCAACGUGUGAAAACUCUACUUGAAACCGAAGUUCAACCAAUGGUGAUACAAUUAGCAGAAUGUUUAGCAGAUUGGUACAAAAUGGCGCAAACGGUUUAUCUUCAAGCUCAAAUUUUAGACAGGGAUAUCGAUAGUUACGAAAUCCGUCUGGAUGAUUUUGUGUUAAAACUCAACAAGAACGAUAUCAGUUUUCACGAAGGUUUGAGUAAUAUUUCGAGAAUAAUUUGUUCAGCCAAUUCAAAACACGGCGGUAGAGUAAAGGCGCAAGAAACUAAAAAGCAUCGUACGAUUCUAAAUGAUAUUAAAAUAACUGGAGAAGAAAUGGAAACAGUGUUACGAGAGAAUAGCAAACUCGUCAGCCAACUUCAAAACCUUGCCAACGGAUUGAACGAUGAGAAAGAUAUCGUUAAAGAAAAAUAAUCGAUGUUAUGAGUCUUGUUGACAAACCUAUUCAAUAUUCAUUUAUUGACUCCAUUUGUGUAUUUUCCAGCUUGUUCCUAUUCUGUCUAUCCCUUCGCCGAAAUAUUCCAUUUUGAAAUUUGCCUUUCCUUUACGGUUUAUUUUAUCUAUAUCACCUUGUAUUUUUCGUAACUGAAAACUGUGAUCUCAAUUUGUGUUUUCUAUAUUAAUGUUUAUCUUAGUUUUUUUGAUUUAAUAUUUCAUUGAUGAAAUAUCAAAACAGUUUUAUGUAUUUUUUCUCGAUUCUAUUCAAAUAAUUGUUUUAUUAUCAGUGAUGAUUUUGCGUGUACGUAUAUGUAUUAUGAAAAAUAUUCAUUAUCUUUAUUGCAUGUAUUCGAAUGUCGUAUGACUUGUUUAGUUUUUGCUCUUAUUUGUGGUUGAAUUUUCCUUAUGUUUAUUUAUUUACAAUAUUCGUUUUCAAGAUAAGAGCACAUUUUCAAAUCUGGUUACAGAUAUGUAUUCUUAAACUCGCAAGUAAUUCAAGUCUAGUUCAUGUUUCGAAGAAUCUCAUUGCUUUUUUUUUCAUCUUAAAAUUAUGAACAAAUUUAUCUUAUAGUUGUGGUAUAUUGUUCGUCGUAUUCCAAUUUCUCAGAAUUUCGUAUCAAAUUUCCACUGAUAGAGUACUUACGUAUGUUAUGUUUGUUUGGCUGAGCUAAUGGAAAAUUCAACUACCAUGAAUUGUUGAGUUGUAUGAUAUCGUUAUUGUCCAAGUUUUUACGACUAGUGUUUGUUAAAAUAUACUCCCUAGUUACAUACAGCUAUGUAUGUGAAUAAGGGGAAUUAGUAUUGUGAUAUUUUUAUAUUUCCAAAUACCAUUAAGGAUGCUAUAAAUGUACCUAUCUUAUGAAAUUACAUUUUAUAUUAUUUCCUAUUA